CUCUCUCUCUCUCUCUCUCUCUCUCUCUCUCUCUCAAAUAUCCAUUUCACUAGACAAAAGUAAGAAAGCGGUAUGGUAGCAGGGCGUGGGUAACGGGUGUGUGGCUGAGAGAACUGUCAGGGCGUGUUUGAGUGGUGCCGUGGACUGAGCGACAAACCUGCCGGAGACCUUGGGGUCGGGGAAGUAGUGGAAGAAACACUGUGGUGGGGAUCGCUGCUCGUCUGUGUUAUUAUUGGCCUACCGGUGUAUAUCUGUCGUCUACGGAGGCGCCACACCAUUGACCUACAAUUUUAGCCCAGCCAAGAGUGAAUGAAAGUGCCACAAAUGCCAAGGAAGGGCCAGUCUUGUUGUGAAUCAUGAAAAGAUGCGUUCAAAGUUUUAUCGGCUCCGUCUGUGUAAGUGGCAUGAGGAACUGAGGGAGGUUGUGGAAUUGCCAUAACCCACCAGACUUCUGAAUUGUUAGUUGUAAAGUGAACGUGACCGGGAUGUGCUGAAGGGAAUUUGAUUUUUUUGUUCGGCAUUAAUGUGCAACAGUGAACAAGAAAUGAAGAACGAAUUACAAGGUACAGCAGGACCGGAAUAUCAGUAGACGUCAAGAUCCUGCAGCUAUAAUCAUAUCUGGCUACUCUCCCUCCCAAGUUAAGAGGAACUACGUGUUGCGUCAUUUAUUAAAAAGCAGCAGAAACUUGACGGCGCAAGGAUGACGACCUACCAACCACAAAUGCAGCAGGUGCCCAGUAACCAGGUGGUGUUGGUUGUGAACCAGGCGACAAUGGGCCAAAGAGCGUCCCGCUUCUCCAAUAAUCGUCCUUACCUGAACCGCGGCGCCCAGUUCAGCAAUGGAUGUCAGUGUUUUCUGCCACAAAUGUUAUUGCUGAUAGUUCUGGGCUCCUUGUUCACCUUCAUGGCAAUCAGCAUAGUGUCCAUUGGUGUGCUGGCAGGUGUGGUAAUGAUGAUAGUGGGAGGUGGACUGCUGGGUGCUGGCCUGUAUCUUAUCCACACCGCCAAGAAGCAGUUCAAGAAUCUUCCCGCAGACCAUCCUGACCGCACCAAGUACGCCUGCCAAAACACGUGUACUACUGGUGGAUGGAACUACCACACCCCAACUAUGUACUCAAUGCCGCCCAUGCAACACCAGGUGAUAGGGCACCAGGCACUCUCUGGCGGCCAAGUCUUCAUCAUGCAAGACCCAGUCGGGACGCAUGGCAAUCAGGUGCACUUUGGCGCACCGCAGCAGUCAAGCCGCACGUCACCUGGCGGUACUUACCGCCCUGAGGACGACCCGCCUCCCGCCUACACUGAUGUGGUGCACAACAUAUAGAGAGUUGUGUAGCUGUGAAUGCUUUAUCUUGGGUGCUCAGGACAAAGCAGGUGACCAUGACACGUCUGGGUGGUCCAGUGUUGUGAUCAAUGCGUUGUGUUGCUCUCUAGGCUUGUGUUGCCGGGAGUAUGACACUGAACGUGUUGUAGCUGUCGCCUUUGUCCAUUGUUGAUACUGAUUCAUAUUAUAUAUUUUUUUAUAAAUGAAUAUUAUAAACGUGCAAGAAUAGUGCCUGAUGUCUGGUGUACGGUGUCUUGAACGUGUCGCGUCAUGCUGAAUCUCUUCGUAUUAUUUUGCCUUUUCCCGGAGCCGUGGAAAGGUUGUGUUGGCUGGGUAAUCAUAUCCAGGCGAGGUUGGGGUGUAUGCACCACAAUAUUGUGUGUGCUUAUGUGUGCUAGCGGAAACUGAUUAGCACGCACGGUGUACCUCCUAGCAGCCCUGCUCCGUGGUUUAUGGGCAUUGUAGUAUAUCAUUCACAGAAAUAAUCAUUAAGCUACUUAUAUAUUAUCAGUUAAUUGAUUACACCAUUGAUAUGUGUAUGUUUUCUUUUGCCUUUACGUCGCCUGUACCUCAGUGGUAUGUCAUUUAGCAGUGCAAGGCAAAAAAGAUGAGCCGGGUUGCCUCGUUUUGCUGAGAAGGAAUAUAUAGCGCUGACGCAUGGAGGAAGCAAGAUAAAUACCCAUUGCAUAAAGUGUUGAUUGAACGUCCUACACAAGGAGAAUGAAAAUACUUCCAAUACUUAUUAAAUGUUAAAUAUUAAAAUUUGAAUUUCCUAUAUAAAAUAAAGACUCACAUAAAUA